GGACUGGGCGUACUCGCAAUCGAAGAUACAUCUAGUUUAAAAAGUCUAAAACGGACAUCCGGCGAAUGAAUUUACGUCCUUAGCGGAAAUUUGCACGUGUUGUUCUGAUGAAAACAAUGGUGCUAUAUCAAUUGAUAUCUUAAGUAGAAGUAUACACAGUCACGCUUACCUCACGUGCUGUUAAUGAAAUAACCAGUAUGUCUCUGAACAUAGGCAUGUCUGGCUGUUACUGACAAGCUGCAGGUUUUUGUUAAUGAAAAGCAUGCGACAGCAGCGGUGCUUUCAGUUUGAUAGGGCGAAUUGCUUUCUUGGAAGUUUCCCGGUGGAGUACAUGUAGGUUAACGACUGAUCAAGUGAAAAACGAAAACAAACCUUUUCAGUAGACUUUCGUUAUGCUUUGAAGUCUGAAGUUUGGAAACACAAAGAUUACGCACUGCCAACCACCUGCAACAGUAGAGGUCACCUACGAACAGAAUCGAUCACUAUAGUUAACGGAAUUAAGGAGACCAAUCAGAUCCUUCUAACAAUUGAAAAUAUCAACAUAAUUCAACAGUGCAUACAGCUGCAACAGAAUAAAGGACAUCGUUUUAGUUGAUGUUGCUGAUUUAAAAAAAAAAAAUUAAAAUCUGCAUUUGGUUCCUACCCUACAAGAUGGCUGACAUCACUCAACCAAGACUUAAUGAUGGGAUCGAAGCUCGUAAUGAUGCUCUACUGGAGGCUGCCAAUAGAUAUGAGCAAAACGUUCUUACGCCAAUCAUUGUGUAUAUCGUUUUUCUUAUGGUUUCAGGACUUAUUGGGAACCUAGUCGUUCUUUACGUGUACACUUUCCGUUUCCGGCGGUCAAGCUCGCGUACCUUCAUUCUGUGCCUGGCCAUUCUCGAUACACUGACAUGUCUUUUUGGAAUGCCUUAUCACAUACUUGACAUGACGUAUGCUUACACAUUCUAUAACGUCAUGGCGUGCAAAACACUUAGUUAUGUUAUGGCUUUAUCUCUUCUCUGUUCGAUUUACAUCCUGGUGUUGAUUGCCAUUGAUAGGUACCGUAAAAUUUGUAAACCCUUCAAGAAGCAAAUAUCAGACAUCGGGACCAAAACAGCAAGUGCGCUUGCAAUUGUUUUGGCUGCAAUCUGCUCGACGCCAAACAUCUUUCUAUAUGGGCACUCAACUAUAGAACUUCCGGGAACUCAUGUCCGUGGUGUUGAAUGCUUUAUCGCUGAUACUUAUACAGAAACAAUUUGGCCUAUGUUAUAUAAUGGAUUCUUGUUUAUCAUCUUCAUAAGCUGUACAUUAAUUCUUAGUGUUCUGUAUAUGCUUGUCGGUCUAAAAGUAUGGCGCCAAGGAUCAUUCCAGAGGGAAGAUUCAAAUGGACGGAACAGCCAAUGGAAAUUUUGUGGAAGCAGUUCACCCCAAACAACACAGUGCGUUUUGUCUGAAUCCGAAAACCCUAGUCUCAGAGUCAAAUCCGUAAGAUAUCACAAAACAAGCGACACGAACGCUAUACCGAAUAAUGGCGAAGACGUUAAACAAGGGGAGCAACUCGAGAUAGAUUUGUCCGAUGACGAAGAUGCAGUAUUUAGAACCAAGACGACACAGACCUCAUUUGUAAGCCACGCGUCAAAGUGUCAACAGAAGAAAAACUCGAGAGAAAGCAAGCGAAUGAUCUUCCAGGAAGUUCGUCUUCACAAUAUGUCUACCAGCGAUGACGAAGAAACAUUGGGGCGUUCAAGUAUGAAGCAGACCGGAAGUUUUAGAUCACGAAUGUCGUUAUAUCGUCGGAGUGUAAGUCUCUCCCGGAAAACAGCGUCGAUCUUUGAAAAUCACGUGCAUGCUUUUUCUGAUCACUCUGGUUUUCGUGAUCUCGUUUCUGCCACAUCUUGUCUUGUUGAUCCUUGACGCUGUAGACGAAAGCUUUUGGUGGGAGAUCACGGAUACCCAAAAUAUCGUGUACAACUUCUUUCUCCGAACUUACUUCAUAAACAAUAUGGCGAACCCCAUCAU